UGCGUCUCCCUGACGGCCACUGCGGCGUCCUCGGGUAGCCCACGCGCCCAGCGCCGCAGCAGCCAGCCGCUUCUCGCACGACAUCCUCCUCGCCGCGCUGCUCCAGCCCGUGACCUCCGUCCGGAUGGCGCGCAAGCUGUUCGACGGAAUGCCUCGCAAGGACACCGUCUCCUACAACUCAACGAUCUCUGCCUAGGCUGGAGGUGGACGCACCGAUGAGGCCCUCCGGCUGUGCAGAUGAUGAAGGAGCUAGGAGUCAGGCCUAGCGGCUUCUCAUGGCUCUGCCCUUUGCCGUUUGCCGUUUCAUCGGGCGUCUGCUCUGCUCCCCAUGGGAUGGAAGGUUCUUGCAGGCUGCAGCUGAUGUACGCCACGGCUCUGCCCAACAGAACACUGUAACCGGCAGCACACUUGCGGAUAUGUAUCGGCAUGCCGCCGGCCUCUUCAAACACGCGGUGCACGUCUUUUGGGGUAUGAAUGAGCAGGGCAUCGUUUGAGUGAAUUCUGUCUUGUCAGUGUACAAAGAUGAUAGUCAGAGCAAUUCAGUGUUUGAGUGUUUCCGGUUGAUUAGAAGCCACGGGUUUUUGGUCGACAAAUGCAGUGUGCCAACUCAACGGUGCUUACCAUAUGGCACAAAUGUCAAGGAUUUGGCUGAGGGUUACCAGCUCUUGGCCCUUCGCGUCGAAACAGGACUCUGUCAAAUUCUGUCAUCUAUAGUGCUGUUAUCGGCAUGUUGUCCAUGCCUGUCAGAUUGCUUGAUGCCGUUAUGCUUUUCGAGGGAUUAGCCAACAAAUUGGGACUCAGAAACAUGUAAUGCGAUGAUAUUGUGUAUGCCACAAGUGGUUUAAUGGAGCAAGCUCUGGGCCUCUUUGGGAUGGCUCUGUGAAAUGCUGUUCUUCCAACUGAGUUCACUUUUGCAAGUGUGCUGAGAUGGAGCUUCUGUUUUGGUCUGAUGGAGUAGGGCACACAAAUCCACGGGCUGGUAUAUAAACGUGGGUUUGAGGAUGAUAUAAUUGUCGCCAUUGCUCUCAUUGACAUGUAUUGUAAGUUAGGUUCCUUGAAGCAUGUCAGGAAACUCUUCAAUGCUGUCUGUGCCAAGGAUUUGCUGCUAUGGAAUACAAUGGUUGUUGGUAUAUCACAGAAUGGGAAAGGCAGGGAAGCUAUUCCAAUUACCGAGGCUGAGGCCUCCUACUAAGUAGCAGCAUUUUGCAAAGUCAAAAUUCGAAAGGUGAACUUGUUCCUUUUGCUGGCUUUAUGAGUGCCUUUUAUUGUAAGUGUAUAAACUUGAAUCUUUCUGUAACAGAAACAUACUUGCAGGGAUUAUUAACGCAAGAAGAACAAGCGUGAAUGGGAUGAGCAAACUUCUUUGUGGAAGCCGACUUAUAUGGCUAUGAUCGUGUUAAUGACGAUAGAGACGAUCCGAUCAUUGAAGCCAGAAUCACAGAUGAGCCUGGUGUUGAUCCUUUUGCUCAAUAGAGGGAGGAGAAGAAGAACAGGUUGAUUAUCAAGAAAAGAACAUACUUUCGAAUUUAAAGAACGCAGCAAAAGUUAGUGCUCUGCCAAGGCAACAAUUUCUAUUAUCAUCAUCUGUAUACAUCAUGCACUACUUUGUUUUUUAUCCAUUACAUUGCCAACUCAAGUUUCUCAUCUAACGCUUUCUGAAAAAAAACCGGAACCGUGCAGUCAUAUACAAGUUGGUGCCACACCUGUGCCCAUCACUGGGAUUAAAGCGGAUCUGCCUAGAAAAUCUAAAAACAAAGAUGUUGCGAAUCUUCGGUAAUAAAUGUAAUUCUUUUAUUGCGGAGUAUGGCGAAUCAAUGCUUGGGAAAUGUAUCAAACUAUUCUUCCGGAAACCUCUAGAAAGUUAUAAAAAGGGAAAUCAUGCAUAUCUUGACAGCCCAUAUCUUUAAUUGAUUUCCAUAUUAAUAUGUAUAAAUCACGCGUGUUCUACAGCUGUGCCGUCUUUGCCGCUCUUGCCAUCAAGGUAUAUAAAUACAGUUUUCUUUGCCGAGCUUUGUGCUAAUCGAAAGAUAAUUUCUGAGGUGCACAAGAAUUCUGUAUUCGACGGUGCCGGAAAGACCAUUGAUUUUCGGGCAAGCAAGAUCAAGCAGUGCACAUGGUACCGACUUCGCAACCUCAGCCUCCAAUGGGUGAUGUCACUCCUGCCGGUUCACAGCCAACACAAGAAUUCCCUGGCAAUCCAGCUCAGCUCAGCGCUCAGGAGCAGCUUAUGUACGAGCAGUCGCAGGAGUAUCAGCUGCAGCUCCAGCAGCAGCUCCAGAGGCAGCUCCAGCAGCUCUGGGCCGAGCAGCGGUCAGAGAUCGAGCAGGUGACUGGCAUGAAGAACCACCCCCUGCCACCCACCAGGAUAAGGAAGAUCAUGAGGGCCGAUGAGGACGUCCGCAUGAUCUCGGCAGAAGCUCCGGCGCUCUUCGCGAAAGCAUGCGAGAUGUUCACGCUGGAGAUGACGACGAGGUCAUGGAUGGUCACCGAGGAGGACAAGCGCCGGGUCCUGCAGAGGAGUGACAUCGCCGCGGCUGUGGCUAGGACUGACGAUUACGACUUCCUGCUGGAUUUGUUUACCAGAGAAGAGACGAAGCAUGGGGUCCUGCUUCGUAGGACCGGGCAGCAGCCCAUGGGGACUCAAGCUGGUGCAUACCCGUACUACUAUGCGCCGCAGCAGCAGGUGGCAGGUGCGUCGAUGGCAUACGGUGGCCCGUCUACCUAUGUGUGGCAAGAGCCUCAGGUACAAGAGCAGGGCCAUGCCCAUGCGUCCACCUACGUGUGGCAAGAGCCUCAGCAACAACAGGAGGAGCCCUGAAGCUAUCACCAGAUUCAGAGUCCUCGUUUCCGCCUCGACAUUUAAAAAACUUUUGGUUUCGCGUUAGCUUUUGCAUUAUCGUUAUUCGACGGUUGAAACGGGCGGUUCUGAUCAGGAGAAGUUUAGGAAGUUUGGUUGCUGUUGUCAUUUGAGAAGUACUCUGAAUUUGUGAUUUGAGACUAGUUGGUCGAAUAUUACCAUUCCAAACGCAAAAGUUGGCCUCUGGU